AUGCCUGGCGGCGAGCCUCCACCCAAGAAGGCCAGGUCUGCCAUGGGGCCGCCUCCGCCUCCGCCGAAGCCUCGGCCGACGAAGAGGGCGCCAGCAGGUUCGGAGGCGAAGUCGCCUGCGCCUGGGACGCCUGCCGCCGCCAGCGCGGCCAGCGCCGCGACAUCGGCGGCGGGCUCCGUCGCCGGGGUGAUCCCUGCCAAGAGGGCGCCGAUGAGGAAGGAGCCCGUGGGCGAUUCCUGCCAGUGCGGCCUGUGCAAGGCGAUGGCCAAGGACAUUGGUCGCCAGGACGGGAAGCCUUGGGCGCUGAGGAAGCUGCAGAAGAAGACCGCAGGGACCAUGGAGGUGGCGAUGGGCAACAAGUGCGAGGAGUGCUUCUCCCUGUGGGUUGACGCGUUCAGCCACUUGGAGUGGGACGACCUCUGCGAGCUGAGCCAGGGCGACGAGGAGAUCAAGCAGUCCGUGCUCACCGCCAGGAAGGUGUUCAAUGAGCACGAGCCGCCGCCGAAGCCCGUCCAGGAGGUCGCCGAGCGCACGGAGCACACGAUCGAGUCCAGGAGGUCGUACAUCGUCUUGACGGAGUCCGACUUGAGGAAGGCGUUGGGCGCUAGGCGCAUCACGAAGGCUGCGACGAGCUCCUUGUAUACCGCGGAGGUGCCGAAGGAGGAUGAGGAUGGCUGGGAGAUGGCGUAUUGGUUCGUCAACCCGAUGGUGCCCUACAGGACCGUGGACGUGGUAUCGCGGACAGGCGUCUCCCGCGAUCGCUUCGUCAUGGACCGCACGAAGCAGUUGUGGCCCAACCAGGGGCCCGUGAUGAGCACCCACAGGACGCAGCUCAUGCACAACGAGAAGGGCAUCAUGAACAUCAUUACCAAGGACAAGAUGGGCUACCUGUGGAAGCUGGAGGACUUCUUGCAGUCCAGGCUCGGCGAGAACACCGAGGGCGGCACCGAGGGCUCGGGCGUCGCGGGCUCGGCGAGCUGCGUCGGCGGGUCCCCGAGAGAGUCGGCGUCCCAGUUCGGCGGCGGCAUGUCCGAGGACGGGGACGCGGCGUCCACCGCUGGCUACAUGGAGGCUGGCAGUGCAGGCAGCAACACGGUGGAGUACUGGAAGAGCAAGAUCGACCUGUCCUUGGUGAUGGACGGCCAGGUGGACGGGCGGACCAUCAGUGCGUGCAAGAAGGCAGCAGGUAGAAAGAUGGCUGCUGAUGACGAGGCUGCCAGGCUGGACGCGCAGCUGCUGAACAAUUUCAUGCAGCUGAUCCUCAUGGCCCAGGCCCUCCAACCUGCCACCAUUCAGGGCAUCGAGAAAAGUGAGCUGGCCAUCUACCUGGGCAAGAUGAAGGAUGAGAAGGUCAAGUUUCCUUUGGGCACCAGCGAGAAGCUCUUGCACAUGAAGAUCGCUGACCAGCAGCAGCUGGGGAAUAUGAUCGGUCUCUUUGAUGCCCUGGACCCGUUCACUACUUCAGAGCUGGCCUCAGGUUUCGACCCUGAGAACCCUCGGUUGAGUGACAUCGAGCUGCCGAUGGGCGCCAAGACGAGGUUGUUGGUUCACAUCUCAGUUGAUGCGAUGCUGCUCCCAAUGCUCGCCAAGGGCAUGGACUCACGCGCCCAGGUGGAGACCUACUUGAAGUUCUGCGUCGAUCGGUUCAAGGACGUCGACAUCUUGGAGCUCGACGCGAACGCGGGCGCGUGCAUAUCGGAGUGCCUCGACGCGUGGCAGGCCGUGCACGCCCUCGUGUGCUUGGAUCUGGACCCCGAGCUGGAGGAGUGCGUGCAGCGCCUCAAGGCCGCCAUUGGCAAGACGACCAGGUCGCCCCUGACGGUCGUUGCCGCGGCGGUCGACUCCGACACGUGGUACUCCCAGAUGUUGUCCGACUACAUCGAGUACGCCCCUGGCUUGCUCAAGUACCACGCGCGCGUCGCCGAGCUGAGCAGUUGGGCCGACACCUUCGAGGCAGGCGCGGACACAUACGACACGCUGGCCGAGCACAUCAAGGAGGUGUCCAUCAUGAAGGCCCAAUUGCGCCCUCAGUCGGUGAACUUCCUGGACGCUAAGAUGGCAGCCGCCCUCGCUGCACAGCACGCCCGCGUCGCUGCCUCUGUUGCGGGGCCAGAUACGAUGCAGAGGUGGAGUGCCGUGCUCGCCGAGGCGUCCGCGUUGCUGCCGCACGACAGGCAGGUGGACGAGUGGAAGACCCAGAGCGCUGCGUCGUUGGCCAAGUUCGACCAGGCUUCCAAGAUCGAGGCGAUCUGCAUGCUGUGCGAGGUGGUCCUCGACGUCGCCACGCGCGGUCCACAGGCAUCCACGUUGGAGCUCGUCGCGUCGAAGAUCCAGCCGUUGUUCAACGCAGUGGGUGGCGCAUUCAUCGAGUGCAGCGCCCUCAAGGAUGCCGAGGUCGCGACCAUCUCAGAGUGCACCAUGGCGCUGUCCGAGUCGGUGGCGUACGAGAUGACAAUGGCCAACGUCGGCUUGCUCAACAUGGCUGGCGCGUUGCACGUCCUGGACCUCGCCUCCAAGCUGACCCAGCUCUUGGGUGACCGCGCCAGCCAGACCUUCUACGUCGCCCACUUGCAGAAGACGGUCAACAUGCUGGACGCAUGGGGCAUGAUGACGCCCCUCGCCGACAUGCGCACGAAGGAUGAGCUGGUCGAGGGCAUCUCGGCGUUCGCUGAGUUCCCUGCUAAGCUCGAGGCACUCACCCAGACGGCGUCUGAGCUCGCCGAGUUGAGCUUGACAAUGCCACCCGCGGCCAGCUACACCGCCGACAGGAUCAAGGCCUUCUACGCCGAGAGUUCGGACCGCUUGCGCAGCAUCCUGAGCGCCAACCUGGCUGGGACGACUGCUGGCCUCGUGAAGGUGGCCACUUGCCUGGCCGACAUGGCCAAGGGCACGCAGCUGGGCGACGGCGACCAGACGAUCCCGUGGCAUGAGACGUUCACAGGCAAGAGCUGGGACGGGUUCCUGGCGCACGCCGAGGUGACGCUGCUCACGCUCAACCCCAAGGCGCUCGGGUCUUGCAUCGACGAGACGAAGAAGGCCCUCCAGAUGUACCUCGCUGUUGCCGCAGUUGGCGGUGGCGAGCCCGACGCACACCUCGUUGGCAAAGUGCAGAACACCAUCCUGAAUGGCCACAUCACGAAGCUCAGCGGCAUCCUCUGCCACAAAGUCAAGACCAUCGCGGACCUCGGUCCGCUCCGUGAUGCCGUCCAGAGCGAAAUGCUUCAUUUCCGCAAGGAGACGGGAAUGAAAAAGGAGAAGGAGCUUCUCCACCCUGUGCUGCUCGUCAGGGCGAUGCAGGCCCUCAAGAAGACGUAG